UGGCUGGUGCGGGCGACGCCUUGGAACCCACGGGCCGCCACUGCCGCCACAGGUGCCUCAGUGCCCUCUGUCCUCGCUCUGGGAAUCAAAACCCCGGUUGGGAACUGAGGCUUCCGAACUGCUUCCAACCCUGGACACCAAGGCCCCCACCGGCCGGAGAACGAAACCCUGGGGUCGUCUGAAGAAGGGAGCCAGGAGUCCCCAGGGCCAGACAGCGAAGCCCCAGAGCUGCUGCGGAGCUGAACACCGAGGUCCUCAAGCCCUCCGCAAAGGACGUGCAGAUCCUGGAGCAAGAGAGCGAAGUCCUCGAGCCAUCAGUCGAGCAGGACGCAGAGAGCCCCGGGCUGUCCACAGCUGCGGGCUUUGAGAGUCUUGAGCCAGGCAGAGACGACCCUGGGCCGUCCGAAGCGCAAAGGGCAGAGGUCCAGGGGCAGCGUCCCCCUCCAGGCCCUAAGACCUCCUCCUCAAGGUCAGGCUCGGAAGCCCCCACUUGCGUUUUCCGCCGUGCCCCGAGGCUCUCCAGCGUCCCCCGGAGGAGCAGUUCAUGGAGACGCCCAUUGAGCGCGAAAUCCGCCGCAGCUGCGAACGCGAGGAAAGCCUGCGCAGGAGCCGGGGCCUGAGCCCGGGCCGCGCAGGCCGUGAACUCGUCGAGCUGCGCGUGCGGCCGGUGCUCAACCUGCCGGGUCCUGGCCCGGCGCUCCCGCGCGCCCUGGAGCGGGCGCGGGCGGGCGCGCAGAUGCAGCGGGACAUCGAGCGGGAGGCCCACCGGCAGGCGGCGCUGGCGCGCCCCGCGGCCCCCGAGCCGCGCGCCCGGUCGCCGCCGCAGCCGCUGGGCGAACUCAAGCGCUUCUUCGAGGCCGCGGCAGGGAGCGGCUCCUCGGCGGGGGCGGGGGACGGCGCGGGCCCGCAGAGCCUGCCAGAGCCUGGGGGAUGGCCGCGCUCUGCCGUGCAGGGCGGGUGCCUGGUGCUGGGCAGCGCCCCGCCGCCUUUCAGUCCGUCACUGCUGGAGCAGGAGGUGCGCGCGGUGCGCGAGCGCGAGCAGGAACUGCAGCGCCAGCGGCGCAGCGUCUAUGGCACCGCGGAGUUGAAGGAGCCUACGCCGAGCCUCACCGCGAGCAGGGGCGACGGAAAGUUGGCGGUGAUCUGGCCCCCCCGCAGAAAGGUCUCGGAGAACGGCCUGGAGCAGGAGGAGCGCAAACCUUGAGGUUUGAAAAGCCUGGGACCCCCGGCCGGAAGUAACGUACGCGUCAGAGGAACAGGGCGGGGGGCGUCUAGCAUUAGGCCUGGAGAAGGGUCGGCCCUCUGCAUUAGGGAAGAUGAAAUCGACUUGCCUUUGUGAAAUUGACCAGCCCCCUCUAUAAAACUUACAGUCCCCCAUUGGGAAACUGACCACCACCCACAACUCCGCCAGUGAAACUGCCCAGCCCUUCUCUGCCUAACUGCAAACUGAACUACCCUCUCCCUUGACUGUUAAGAGGGCCGGAGUUACUGCCUUGAUUGCCCCACUCCCCCCACCCCCAAUAAAGCCUCUUCUUUCAGGGCA